AGUCGCGGCGAGGUCGCUCCGAAGUGAGGAGGCGCUGCCGCCGCCGCCUCCCGAAGUUUGGCCGCGCCGCCGGAGCCUUCCGCGCCGCAGCCCCGGCCAGGGGCGCACUCCGCUCGCGCCGCGCGCCCAUGCCGCGGACGCCGGCGCCCCGCGCGGGGCCGCUCCCGCCCUGAGCGGCGGUGGCGGGCGGGGAGCCCGGCGGGCAGGACCCGCCCGCCGCCCCGCCGAGCGCCGGAGGAGUGCGGCCACCCGCCCGCCGCGCGCCGCCCGCGCCCCGCCAAACUUCGACGCCGACAAGUGCCUGGGCCCAGCCGCGGCCCCGCCGAGCCCCUCCGCGACCCGCCGGAAACUUUCCCAGGGAAGAGCAUUCCCCCCCCCGCCUCACGCCCUCCCCGCGGCCCUUCAUGCCGCCACCGAGGAAGCCCCAGCGCGUCCCAGCGCCGCGGCGGCUCCGCGCCGCCCCGCGGUGAGGCUCGAGGGGCCCGAGCCCGCAGGGGUGCUGGUGCCAGAAGAAAAGGAUGAUUGAUGGGAAACAGACACCAGCCUAUAGACACUCACCCUCUUCCUUCGGAUACUGAUUUAUCAGUGUGUCCAGGCAUCCCCUGCGAGCCCUGAGCACGGAGGAUCACUCAGGGUUAUCGACAGUGGAGCUCAAGACCUGCAACUUCACAAAUUAUUAUCUGCUCUUGGACAUCUUUUACAAGAAGCCCUGACAGAUAAGUUAUAAGUCGAAGGACAAGCGCUGCAUGGCUGUGAAAGGCUGUCAUCAGGGCCUGGGUGGCUUCUACCAAAGUCUUUAACAUAGUGAAACAAACAUCCCAUCCUAAUGCUUCACGUUUGAUUUGGAACCUAUUUUAUAAAUACAUACGUUAUAUGUACAUAUAAUCUCUAGACUGCACAUACGCCAGCACUGAGCAUCCUUACAAAGCUGACAUAAAGGAUUUAGAAAUGUAUUUGUCAAGAUUCCUGUCACUUCACACCCUCUGGGUUACUGUAUCCUCCGUGAUGCAGCACUACCCCUCUGUGUGGGGACACUAUGACGUCUGUAAGACUCAGAUUUACACGGAAGAAGGAAAAGUAUGGGAUUACAUGGCCUGCCAGCCAGAAGCCAGAGACAUGAUCAAAUAUGUAAAAGUGACUCUGGAUCCCCCCGACAUAACAUGUGGAGAUCCUCCUGAAACUUUCUGUGCGAUGGGGAAUCCCUACAUGUGCAAUAAUGAAUGUGAUGCAAGUACCCAAGAACUGGCUCAUCCUCCAGAACUGAUGUUCGAUCUGGAAGGAAGACAUCCCUCCACGUUUUGGCAGUCCACAACUUGGAAGGACUAUCCAAAGCCUCUUCAUGUUAAUAUUACCCUCUCCUGGAACAAAACCAUUGAGCUUACAGAUAACAUAGUCAUCACCUUUGAAUCUGGCCGUCCAGACCAAAUGAUCCUGGAGAAGUCACUCGACUAUGGACGAACGUGGCAGCCCUACCAGUACUAUGCCACAGACUGCUUAGAUGCUUUUCACAUGGAUCCCAAAUCAGUGAGGGAUUUAUCACAGCACACAGUCCUAGAAAUCAUUUGCACAGAGGAAUACUCUACUGGGUACAUGACAAAUAGCAAAAUAAUCCACUUUGAAAUCAAAGAUAGAUUUGCUUUUUUUGCUGGACCUCGGCUUCAUAACAUGGCUUCUCUUUAUGGCCAGCUUGAUACCACCAAGAAGUUAAGAGAUUUCUUUACCAUCACAGAUCUGAGGAUAAGACUGCUUAGGCCAGCAACUGGUGAAAUAUAUGUUGAUGAGCAACACCUGGCGCGCUACUUUUAUGCAAUUUCAGACAUAAGGGUAUACGGAAGGUGUAAGUGCAACCUUCAUGCUACUGGCUGUAAAGAAGAAAACAAAAGACUACUUUGUGAAUGUGAGCAUAACACAACGGGCCCAGACUGUGGAAAAUGCAAGAAGAAUUAUCAGGGCCGACCAUGGAGCGCUGGUUCUUAUCUGCCUAUACCUAAGGGCACUGCUAAUAUCUGUAUACCCAGUAUUUCCAGUAUUGGUAAUCCUCCAAAGUUUGAUAGGAUAUGGCCGAAUAUUUCUUCCCUUGAGGUUUCUAAACCAAACCAAGUUGCUCCCAAAUUAGCUAUGUCAACUGUUUCUUCUGUUCAAGUUGCAAACCACAAGAGAGACUGUGAAUGCUUCGGGCACUCCAACCGGUGCAGUUACAUCGAGCUGCUCAAUACGGUCAUUUGCGUGAGCUGUAAGCACAACACUAGAGGUCAGCACUGCGAGUUAUGCAGGCUGGGCUACUUCAGAAAUGCUUCCGCAGAGCUGGACGAUGAAAAUGUGUGCAUAGACUGUUAUUGUAACCCUUUUGGUUCAGUCCAUGAUCGCUGUAAUGACAGAGGAUUUUGUGAGUGUAAGGAGGGAACAUCAGGGCCUAAAUGUGAUAAAUGUCUGCCGGGAUAUAUCUGGCACAGCUUGGGCUGCCAACCGAACGUGUGUGACAAUGAGCUCCUGCACUGCCAGAACGGCGGGACCUGCAUCAACAACGUGCGGUGCCAGUGCCCGCCGGCCUACACGGGCAUCCUGUGCGAGAAGCUGCGCUGCGAGCGGGAGCCGGGCGGCUGUGGCGGCCGCAGCUCGGCCCCGGGCCGGGCGGGAGAGGGAGCGGGGCCCGGGCCGCGGCUCCUCCUGCUGCCGCUGCUGGCGCUGCUCGCGGCCCGCCCGCCCCGCGGCUGCUGAGGCCGCGCCUCGGGCCUCACACCCGGACUGCGCACGGCCCCGGGCCGCGGGAACGGGACAGAACCCCGGCGUUCGCCACUGGAAUCCCUAAAGGAAAACACAGUCAAAAUAACCACACAAACUAGGAAGGCCGAACUGAACCAAGCCAUAUCACUCAGUCACGGACAGGGCUGCGAGCGGACACUGCUCCCCUCUGCCUCCAGACACGCCGGCAGCCGCCUGCUCUGUCAGAUCGAUCGGCUGCGGGACUGACAUGGCGUUGACAGCCCAGAACCCCAACGACAUCCGCUACUUCUCUCUGGUGCGCUCCUGAACCUCCGCCCGGUGUGUGGACUGACCAAACCACGGCAUUCUUUGCUGUCAGUGCAUUGUGGGUAUAAGGAAAUCUGUAAAAGCUGCCAUAUUGGCCUGCUUCAGUCCCCGAAUCCUUUCCAACCUGUGCUUUAGUGAACGUUGCUCUGUAACCCUUGUUGGUUGAAAGAUUUCUUUGUCUGAUGUUAGUGAUGCACAUGUGUAACAGCCCCCUCAAUACAACUCGAGCCAGUCAUAUCCUUGUAUACCUUAGCAGCACUGCAUCAGUAAGAUGCUGUGUUCACCUACUGUACAAGAGUGGCUAUAGGACAAAAAGUGUAUUUAUCCUUUUGUAUUCAAAUGAAGUUAUUUUUCUUGAAAUAAUGUACAAUGUAGAUUUUUUGUAUUAUUGCCUAUUUGUGUUACCAGACAAUUUAUUAAUGUAUUUAAUUCUAAUCAGGUAAGAGAAAACUAUUACUUUUUAUUUAGUCCUUUUCUUUUUCCUUUCAUUUAAUUGUGCAGAGAUUUCUCUGUAUGGGCAACGUGCUGGCAUCAAAGAAUAUCAGUUUACAUAUAUAACAAGUGUAAUAAGAUUCCACCAAAGGACAUUAUAAAUGUUUUCUUGUUGCUUUAACACUGGAAAAUUUCAAAGAAUAAAAAUUCCUGCAUAAACAGUUC